GUACUUGGGAUCUUCAUUCUGUCACUAACACAUGUAGAGCAGGGCAGGACUGAAGUACGGCGUUCGUGGGGGGAGAAAGAAGAGAUUACAUUACUCUCGUUUUGUGAAGCCGAAAAACAAAGGUCCGUCUGUUUUGUAUGGAAAUUUCUAAGUGCAUAGUGCAACAUAUUUUUUUCAAGGACAUAUCCCAGUCGCUCUUGAAACAGGCUCGCGCCAGUGGAAAUACAAUCUGAAAACUCCAUUGCCUUACUUCGUGUAUUACUAUCAAUAGAGCGAAAUAUUCCGGAGGACUUAAGAUCUGCAUUUUCUGGUCUUGGGCUGGUGCGUUGUAUCUUGACUUUGUCAUUUGAUUGCGAAUUCAACCCAGUUCCCCGGACUCUCUGUAUUGCUUUUUAAUACAAUAUAAUUGUCCGAGAAGGGUCUGCGCGACAAAUUGUUUCAACACUUACAUUUCAAGGAGACAAAAGAGCUUCUGAGCAGCUUCACCCUGUCUUGUCCAGCUACGGAGAUCAUGGUGAACCCCGGUGGCAGUGCCCAGCCACCCCCGGUUGGAGCAGGGUCCCUCUCCUGGAAGAGGUGCGCGGGCUGCGGGGGAAAGAUCGCAGACCGCUUCCUCCUCUACGCCAUGGACAGCUACUGGCACAGCAGGUGCCUCAAGUGCUCCUGUUGCCAGGCGCAGCUGGGCGAGAUUGGCACGUCCUGCUACACCAAAAGCGGCAUGAUCCUCUGCAGAAAUGACUACAUAAGGUUAUUUGGGAAUAGUGGGGCUUGCAGUGCGUGCGGUCAGUCCAUACCAGCCAGUGAAUUGGUCAUGAGAGCACAGGGCAACGUCUACCAUCUCAAGUGCUUCACGUGCUCCACCUGCCGGAAUCGCCUGGUCCCCGGGGACCGGUUCCACUACAUCAACGGCAGCCUGUUCUGCGAACACGACAGACCCACGGCCCUCAUCAACGGCCAUUUGAAUUCACUCCAGACGAACCCGCUACUGCCAGACCAGAAGGUGUGUUAAAAAGGGAGGUGUUCCAAGAAGCAGGAGGCGUGCCUUCAUUUCCGCCCUCCCUCAUCGCCCCCCCGCGACCUCAGUGCCGGCCCCCCCGCAACCCCCCUCCCCC